AUGAGCCUGCAUAAUUCUCUACCACACUCUACACUUGAAGCGGUGUGUGCUGGUGUGCCAUUGGUGGCUUGGCCAUUGUAUGCAGAGCAAAGGCUGAAUAGGGCAGUGCUAGUGGAGGAAAUGAAGCUUGCUUUGCCAAUGAACGAGUCUGAAGAUGGAUUUGUAAGUGCUGAUGAGGUGGAGAAGAAUCUUAGAGGAUUGAUGGUGUCUGAUGAAGGUAUAUUGAUUAGGGAGAGAGCACUUGCUAUGAAAAAUGCAGCCAAGGCUGCAAUGAUUGAAGGUGGUUCUUCUCAUGUGGCACUGUCGAAGCUUGUUGAGUCAUGGAACUAAGCAUGAAAUUUACUUGGUCUAGUUUAGGACUCUGUCAUGUUGGUCAUC